AUGCGACAGAUCGACCAUCCAAACAUCGUCAAGCUCGUGAACUUCUCCGAAUCGCCCCAAUAUUAUUAUAUUGUGCUGGAAUUGUGCCCGGGAGGCGAAUUGUUCCACCAGAUUGUCCGGUUAACGUACUUCAGCGAGGACCUUAGUCGACAUGUCAUCGUUCAGGUUGCUGAAGCGAUUGAGUAUCUUCACGAGACGUCCGGAGUGGUGCAUCGGGACAUCAAACCCGAGAAUCUUCUCUUCUACCCGAUCCCCUUCGUUCCGAGCAAGCACCCCAAACCUCGUCAGCCCGGCGACGAAGACAAGGUGGACGAGGGUGAGUUCAUUCACGGUCAGGGCGCUGGCGGGAUUGGAAAGAUCAAGAUCGCCGAUUUUGGUCUCUCCAAGGUCAUCUGGGAUAGUCAAACGAUGACCCCUUGCGGUACUGUCGGUUACACCGCCCCCGAAAUCGUCAAGGACGAGAGAUACUCUAAGAGUGUCGACAUGUGGGCCCUCGGUUGCGUGCUCUACACCCUCCUCUGCGGUUUCCCUCCUUUCUACGACGAGAGCAUUCAGGUUUUGACCGAAAAGGUGGCCCGGGGUCAGUACACCUUCCUGUCGCCUUGGUGGGAUGACAUCUCCAAAUCGGCGCAGGAUCUGGUCUCGCACCUCCUGACGGUGGAUCCCGUCAAGCGGUUUACCAUCAAAGAGUUCCUUGCUCACCCAUGGAUCCGUGGAAGCAACGAGGAAACGAGCGCUGCCGAGGAUGCGCCCCCACUAGCGACUCCCCUCAGCACCCGCCAGCCACAGCAAGGACCUUUGGACGCCGUCGGGGCGGAUCAGGCCCCUUAUGCGCCCGCAAGCGCGCGCCUUGGAGACCUUCCCUCUGCCGGGCUGGAGCGUCCCAUGGAUUUCCGAUCUCCAGGUGCGAUCAACCUCCGCGAGGUUUUCGACGUUGGUUAUGCCGUCCACCGCCAGGAAGAGGAAGCGAAGCGACGCAAGAACUUCAAGCACGUCUACCGUGGUGCCAACUCGACGGCCGGAUUCCAAUCCGCACUGAACCCGCUUAAUGAAGACUAUGGCGACGACGACGACGACGCCGACAUCGCCUAUCAAAGCAUUCCGGAGGACGAGUAUCCUCCUUCCAAGGUCCACAAGAGCACCAAUCAGGCAAAGGAUGUUGCGAUGAUGGAAGCCAAGUUGCGAUCGACCAACCUCGGUGCCGCUCCUCCCAGUCACGCCGCGCAAGCUCGGCAAGCGCACCAGCCUCGACAACAACAGCAACAGGGUUAUGGACAACAUAGUCCUGCGGUUGCCGCCGCUGCAAAGCAGAAGGCUGCUCGGUCAGCGCGGCAACCAUUCGAGCUUAACUUGGGCAAUGCUUCGUUGCUAGAAAAGAGAACUAGACGGCAUCAACCGGUUAGCUGA